GGGCUCGGGCAGGCGGAUCGGAGCGGAUCGGGGGCCAUGCGGUGGCUCCGGGGGGCCUGGCGGCUGCUGCCCCGACGCUCGCUGGUGGCCCUGCUCUUCCUCUUCUCGCUCUCCUCCUCCUUCCUCUACUUCGUCUAUGUGGCGCCCGGCAUCGUGAACACCUACCUCUUCAUGAUGCAAGCCCAAGGCAUCAUGAUUCGUGAGAAUAUGAGAACAAUAGGAGCUCAGGUUUAUGAGCAGGUGGUCCGCAGUGCCUAUGCCAAGAGGAACAGCAGCAUGAAUGACUCAGAUUAUCCUCUUGAUUUGAACCACAGUGAAACCUUUCUGCAAACCACAACCUUUCUUCCUGAAGAUUUUACCUACUUCCCAAACCAUACCUGUCCCGAGAGACUCCCUUCUAUGAAGGGCCCAAUUGAUGUAAAUAUGAGUGAAAUCAGAAUGGAGGAUAUCCAUCAAUUAUUCUCUAAAGACCCGGGUAUCAAGCUAGGAGGCCAUUGGAAACCUGAUGACUGCCUGCCUCGCUGGAAGGUGGCAAUCCUGAUACCAUUCCGCAAUCGUUAUGAGCAUCUUCCAGUUCUCUUUAGGCACCUUAUUCCAAUGCUGCAGCGCCAACGUUUACAGUUCGCGUUUUAUGUCAUUGAACAAGCUGGUAACCAACCAUUUAACCGUGCCAUGCUCUUCAAUAUUGGCUUUCGGGAAGCAAUGAAGGACUUGGACUGGGAUUGUUUGAUCUUUCAUGAUGUGGACCAUAUACCAGAAAAUGACCGUAACUAUUAUGGAUGUGGACAGAUGCCAAGACACUUUGCAGCCAAGCUGGAUAAAUAUAUGUAUCUGCUCCCUUAUAAUGAGUUCUUUGGUGGAGUGAGUGGCUUAACAGUGGAACAGUUUAAGAAAAUCAAUGGCUUUCCUAAUGCGUUCUGGGGCUGGGGCGGAGAGGAUGACGAUCUUUGGAACAGGGUGCAGUAUGCAGGCUACUCAGUGUCUCGACCAAGAGGAGUCACAGGAAAAUACAAGUCAAUUCCGCACCAUCAUCGAGGCGAAGUGCAGUUCCUGGGAAGGUAUGCAUUGCUGAGGAAGUCAAGAGAGAGGCAGGUCCUGGACGGUCUCAGUAACUUGAACUACUUCCCAAACAUUACGUAUGACGCCUUGUAUAAAAACAUAACUGUUAACCUGACACCAGAGCUGGCUCUGGUAAACGAAUACUGAGAGGAGAAAAUAAGUUUGCUUUGCCCUUCACCAAGAAAGCAACGGAUUUGACAUUCUUUUAUAGGGUUACCAAGGACAAGAAACGCAUUGUCUAAUGAAGGAUCACAGUAUUUUGAAGAAUAAAAUUGAAAGUGCACGCACAAAUCGUUUGGCCCAGUCCGGUUGUUUGUGCAACAAACUCGGGGACUUCACUCGCUUUCUGGUUUUAUGAACAAUGGUGUGACCUGCUGCUCUCAUCUCUGCAUUCCGUCUCCUCCAACAAUCUCAAAUAACACAACAGUGAUCUGACGUACUUUCUUCUCACAGAACCAGUUUGGCUGAAUGACUCUGUUGGCUUCUUGAGUUUGGAUGCCAGAAGCAAUCCAAUAGGCAGCUGCCCUAAUAGGAGAUCAAAUGAAACUUAAGAUGAUACCAUUCUUCUACAUUUGUGUGUUUUUUUUAAUGACCUGCUUGAAGUAUAUACAAUAGAAUCGCUUCUUAAAGAAGUGCAAGUGUAAAUAAGCUGUGAAAAAUGCCUUUUUUAUUUUCUUUUACAAUUCAAACUCAAGCUAAAGGUUUACAUAUUAAGGUCACUCAUUUAGGCCCCAGUCCUGCAAACACAUACGUAACUUUACUCCAGAGCAAGUCCCUCUACUCAUGUGAGUAGACCCAGUGAUGUAAAUUUAAGCUUAAAUGUUUACAAGAUAGGGGCCUUAGUUGGUAGGAUGCCGGGGUUCAGAAAUAUGGAGCCACAGCAUUGCUUACUACAGAAAUGGCGGGGGCUCUUGGGAGAAGGGAGAGAUAAGGGAAACUUCAUGAAAGAACAAAUAUCCAGCUCAUAUCAUUGUGUGGUAGAUAAUGCGUAAAUUAUGGAGUUCUUCCAUUUUAUUCCUGUUGGGUUUUCAUUGCCCAUUACCCUCUAUUCCACAGUGGUGGCAAGUGCAAGCUUAGCUUCUAGACUUAUUUAAACACAUCCCUCCUCUUCUCUCUCUCCCCCCAGAAUUCACCAGUAGGCCUGUGUGGUUUCCAUGCACAAAUCCCAAAAAUCUUACCUUCCCUCCUCAGUCACUGUCUUUUGGUUUUGGGCAGUCAGCUGCAGCUUAUUAAAACUCCCCCUAAAUUGGCAACGUUCUACAGAGAUUCCUCUAAUGUAACGUUUUUGUUUCAUGAAAUAUUUUGAUAUAUUUAUUGUGUAAAUUGAACAGAACACUGAACUAAUGUACAUUCUAACUGUAGGUAGAACCCUUGGUUAUAAUCCUUAGCCAGGGAAUGCAUUCCACAAAUACAAAUAGUGAGCUAGAUUUAUCCACAGAUGUAAAAUCAUAAUGAGAAAAAAUGAAGGGCAUUCUAAUUAGUUCACAAAAACAUGAGUCUCCAGAACUGAAGUGCUUGGUUGAUGUUCCCAUCCAGUUUUACAGGGUUAGGUUUUUUUCUGAACUGUUCUCCUUGGGUUGUGCCUGUUUUAGGAUUGUUUUGUUUUUUUCUGGUUUAAAACCAAUCCAUCACUUAUACAGUAUGUACAAACUCACUUUUACUCGACUUCUAUAUGGUAAAAGUGCUUUGGGUUGCUUUUUUAUAUAUAUAUACAGAUUGGGAGUAUUUAAGCUCAGAAGUUCUUGAACUUUCUUUUAUUGCAUUGUUUGCCUUCUGUUUCCUUAACUCUUAUGGUUUACAUUAUUUUCUUGGUUCCCUGGACAUAUGAUCCCCAUACACAUCUGCUGUGGGUGUGAUUGACCAGGGCUCUUUUUUGUCUCUCGAGAAGAACUUAGGUUUAGAAAAUAUGGAGUUCUUGUUGUGUAGAUCUUAUCAGCCUGCAUGAAAGGACAGUGCAUCUGCCCUGGAAAGUGCUGGUAAGUUUUUGUAAUUUAGGUUUAAAGUCUUGGAAUACAUGUGCGUUAAAAUGGUUUUUUGAAGGUUAUUUGUAGUUUGAUUUUUAUGGCACAUAUAGCAAUAAAGACUCUCUUGCUUCUGA